ACAGCAGAAAUCACAGAAAAACUCAUAUGUUCUACGCCAUUCUACGGUAUCUAAAAUAUGGAACAUUACAAAUUUUAUUCCUUUUUCAACAUGAGCUUUCUGAAUAUAAUCGCUAUCUUAGCAAUAUAUUGUAUUAAAUUAAAGAAUAAUACAAUAUAAUGUUGAAAAAUUAAAUUUCGCUACGAGUUAUAAUGAAAUCUCUGCUUCACGUUUUACAAUUACAUCAUUUCUAUCAGAUAGAAAUGUUUUAAGAGGAAACGUUAUUAUACUACAAUUUAUUACGUUUUAUUAUUUUAUUAUUUAUUACAAGUACGCGAUACAUUUGUAUAUAAUGAUGUAAAUAAUUUAUCCUAUAAUAUGCGCUUAAUUGUCUUUUAAGAUAUAUAUCAAAGCAAUUUUAAAAAAUAUAUAAAAUAUAAGAAGCUAAUUAUAUAUUUUUAUAUUUUAUUUGGUUACACAAAAAUAAUACUUAAUCAUUGUUGUAUUUGAAACUCGUUUAAGAAUUCUUUACUAUUAGUAGAAAUAUGGCAUUUAAGUUGAUAAUCUACUAACUAACAAGGAGUUACGAGAUUAUAUCAUAAAUUCAAUCGUUGGCGUCAUAUACGUAGGGUCAGUGACGGCUAGUAGUCACGUGGUUUGCACGUGGGUUUCAUUCAUAAAACGUGUUCGUAGGUUGUAGCCGCAGCAAUGCCGACAGUAGCAGCAGCGGUGGCUGACUUACUAAUGUAGUAGUAACAACGCUGGUAGUAGUGAUGCACGUAGCAACAGUGGAAGAUAGUAGUAGUAGUAGUAAUAGUAGUAGUAGUAGUAGUAGUAGUAGUAGUAGUAGUAGUAGUAGUAGUAGUAGUAGUAGUAGUAGUAGUAGUAGUAUUAGUAGUAGUAACUGCGGUAGGUAACAAGCAAGCAGGCAGGCAGACAGACAGACAGGCUAGCAGGCAGGAAGGUGGUUAGCCCGAACUGACUGGCUGGCAAGUGGAAGCAACGGCGGAUGCCGUAGAAUGGAGUCUGUAGUGGUGCGCAGUGUGUUGGUUUACGCGCGUUGGAUUUUCGCCCCGAGCGAGCUGUCCAACCAACCAGCCAACCAGCCAAGUGAAGCGGAGGGAAAACGAGGAAGAGGACUCACGCGACCAUGGGAUCAGAUGUGAUAUCUCUUUCUUCUUUCUGACUUUUCUCUCUUUAACUUUCCGGCUUGAGCUUCCUUAAUGUUUCUUCUAUGUCACGUAUCCGUUAUCCACACCGUCAUCUGAAGAUUACAACUUUAAAAUCGUCUUUAUUCCUCUCCUCAUUUUCUUACAAACUGAUCGCAAACUGCUCUUUCACUUUCAUCUUUCCUCUUUUUAUUUGCUAUGAUACUCGUCCACUCACGUUCACGUGAAUUCAACAAAUCCAAUGAUUGUAAACGCUUCUGAGUAGCGACUGAUUUUAUUGAAGUUGUGCAUUAAUUUUUUCUAGCCUUACGCAACACAUUUAAAACAUAAUUAAACAUCCAAGUAUUAAUUUAUAUAAAGUUAUAUUAUAUUAAGAUUAUUAAUAAUUAAUAGGUAUUAGUUUAUGACACACUGACGAAACAAGUUAAAUUAGUUGCCGUGAUUCUUAAAAUUAGGGUAUCUUAUAGACUAUUGAAAAUUGAAUUAGUAAUAAAUUAAUAGCAUACUGUAAGCAUUUUUAUAAAACUUGUAUUUAUUUAUUUAAAAUUUAAAUAUUAACGAUUAAACACUUGAAAAUUAUGUUAUAUAUUAUAUAUUAAGCUACAAUUGUACUCAUUAAGUACAAGUAUGUGAAGCAAUAUUAUCAACUUUUUUCUUAGCAAUUUAUUAUUAGCAUUAUAUUCGUGUUUAAAAAAUAUCUUUUGAUCGCUUAAUCAUUGUGAUUGCAAUUUUUUCAACAUUACAAUUUUUACAAUCAUAUUGUAUUUCAUAUAAUUCAUGAUUAUUAUUUAAAAUAAAUUGAUGCUUUACCAUCUUUUAAAGUUUAAUCAGUGCAUAUACAUUAUAAACUCACAAGGCACAUAAUAUGCAUAUGUUCUUAAAAACAGCAUACGUACAUUUUAGACUUCCGAGUCUCGUUGAACGCGCGCAUAUCCCGCGGGAAUCAAUAUCCGCGCGUCUCCUAGCCUCUCCCCUUAUACCCCCUGUCUUCCCAACCCCUCAUCGACCAUCUCUCGCUCUCCCGCUCCCUCUUUCCUCCGCUACAUGGAUUUACCCCCCUCACUCAUACUUUCUCAUGGGUGCUACACCUUCUUCGGUACCGUGCACUGUGUACCACCCCUUGCGCAGAGUGGAGUGGAGUAAACCGGAGAGGAGCGGAAUGGAGCGGUGCGGCCAUCCGCCUCUGAUGAAUGUGAUUUUGAGAAGGGGAGAGCGGAAUACGGCUGCCUGCCUUCCCUCUUUGGUACCUCUACACCCCUUUCUACCACCCACUCACUCUCUCCCCGCACCAGACUCGAUCCCUCCUGCUCUCUUCACCCCACUACCAUCUUCUCUCCUCUAUCAACUUCCACCACGUCAACCUACCUCUCCUUCGUUUCUCUACUCCGGCAGCUACGUCUCUCCCAAGUCGACACACAACUACAAAACAUUCAAUUUGAACGUAAAGUUAAAACGAAAUGGAUUUUCCAGCAUAACACCCUCCCCUACCUCAAAAGCAGUCUAUCUUAAUAUGUGUACAAUCCCCAACAAUGAUUCACUCCUCGCAGGAGUGUAAGAGGAGCACAGAAAGUAGCCAUAACGUGCAUGAUGCUAUCAAUCGGUAGCAGCUGAUAAUCAUAUCUUUAAUGUUUGAAAUAUGUUUAUGAGAUAUGUUAAUCAGAAUUAUAUGUUUUGCGUAAAACUUCGAAAAUGUAUUUAAAAAUAUAUAUAAAAGCACAAUUAUGUCGCACUUUAUGAGUAAAAUGUUAUUAUACAAAGUAAUACCAAUUUAUUUCGAAAAAAAUGCAUAUAUUAUAAUAAAAGAAGUAAUUAGCUAAA